GUUUAUAUUCACCCUCUCGCCCUUGCCCUUCAGUGUAAACAUACUAUUCAAUAAUCCGAUUACAUGAGAUUGCGUACUAGAAUUCGUUUCUUCUUCUAUGUAUAGAAACUAUUAAACUGCAUACAAAUAAACAAAGCAAUCGUUUAUCUUAUUUUCACUUCGCUCUGUCCGAUUCCGAUUCCAAUUCCAACCUUGGAAUCCCAUUAUACAUUCAAAUCUCUCAUCCUCACCGAAAACCAACAAGCACCGCACAGUUCAAAGAUGGCUGGUUUAGAGGCCAUUAAAUAUGGCAGAGGAAGACUAGAAGUUUUAGAUCAGUUGAGACUUCCGCAUGAGUUUGUUUAUGAUAAUGUCUCCACUUGUGAAGAGGCAUUUGAUUCUAUCAAGUCGAUGCGCGUGAGAGGAGCCCCAGCAAUCGCGAUUGUGGCAGCUCUUGCGCUGGCCGUAGAGCUUCAUCACAAGAAAGAUGAUUCCAAGACGAAACAAGAAACUGUCCAAUACAUCAAUAAACGUCUCGAUUAUCUCUUGGGUAGCAGACCAACCGCCGUCGACCUAUCAAACGCUAUCAAACUUCUUAAACGGGUCUCUCAAAAUGCGGCACAAACUACAAAUGCAACUGAUGACAACGUUGCCUGUGCGGAUGUUCGAAACGGAUAUAUUGUUGCAGCAGAAAAGAUCUUAGAAGACGAUCUUACUACGAACUUAGCAAUUGGCAGAUAUGGAGCGGAAUAUUUAAGACGACAACAGAUGCCAAUUGGAGAAGAAGAUAACGACGAUCCAUCCAAAUUCUUUACAACAAGUCCGCCAUGCACACAAGGGGCAAUGGACAAGACUUAUAGAAAGCUGAGUGUUCUCACGCACUGCAAUACUGGCUCUCUAGCUACUUCAGGUCAUGGCACCGCCUUGGGUAUAAUCCGCAGUCUGCACAAAAUGAAUUAUCUAGACCACGCUUAUUGUACUGAAACUCGUCCUUAUAACCAAGGUUCCAGGCUUACUGCCUUUGAGCUUGUGUACGAAAAUAUUCCCUCAACACUCAUCACAGAUUCUAUGGCUGGUGCUCUAUUCGCCCGGAUGAAAGACAUCAAAAAUAUAUCUGCCGUCAUUGUAGGCGCAGAUCGCGUAGCCCGUAACGGUGACACAGCCAAUAAGAUCGGAACCUAUUCUCUCGCAGUUCUUGCAAAAGCUCAUAACAUCAAAUUUAUAGUUGCUGCACCCACGACAAGUAUAGAUCUCGAGACAGUUUCAGGAGCAGACAUAAAAAUUGAAGAUCGCGCUCCAACAGAGCUUACUCAAAUAAGUGGAGCCAUGGUAGGGAAAGAUGGGCAUGUGGAUGUCAAUUCAACGGCCAGGGUGGCCAUUGCCCACCAAGGAAUCAAUGUUUGGAACCCAAGUUUUGAUGUUACGCCAAGCAUGUAUAUUGAUGCGGUCAUUACGGAGAAGGGGGAAGUGGUUAGAAGUGCACAGGGCACAUUUGAUUUCAAGGCAAUCAUGCCAGAGAGGUGGGCACAGCAAGUUGAGGGGAAAGAGCCAAGUGUUGAAACGAAUGGAAAGGCACAGGUUGAUGAUGGAGCACUUUUCCAAAUGGAACACAUUUGAAAAGUCAAAAAAAAAUUACAUGUCGGUUCGAGACACCAAAGUAUUGCCUCACUUCUGUUGUUUUAGAUUAUUUAACGUAUAUUACCGUAUCACUUUUUUAGACUUAUUUGGAACUUCGCUUAAAAGACUAUUCGC